UCCAUUAACCGAUGUUUAUGCAACUAAAACAAUUUUUUUUUCUCACAAUAAAUUAUGGCAACUGAUGUUGGUAGGUUUACAUAUAUCACAGCCAUCGCAUUAAUCAAAGGAUAUGUGUAUAUUUAGCGAAGUAGCAUGGAGAACCGCUUCUUAAACGGGUCACGACACAACUGGUAUAAAUGUAAGCUUUGACUAGAGUGGCCGCGAUCAGCUCCAUGGCUGUCUGAGCCAUAAUGCUCUGCAGAAGUGCAGUGUAGAUAAGGGGUUAUCCAAGCAUUAAUGGCAUUUUUAAAUACACCACGUAACCUGUAAAUGUGGAGAAAAAAAAAGUUUCCAUUGCAGUUUUGUGAAAUACUCCUUUUUCAGAGAGCCUGGAAAACCACCUCAUGUGAGGUGAAUUUUUAGAAGCGAAUCUAAUCAAACAAGAAUUCCUGUCAUAGGAUCAGGGAAUAAAGUCAGAGAAGAGGAGCAGCACCAGAUGCCCAAAAUCAAGUCACACAAUGCAUAGAUCCAAAGCAAAAAUUAAGCCAGCAGAAAAGAAUCUGCACACAGUUAUAUGCAGGGGUAACGCCUUAAAAAAAUAUUUUAAUGUCAGAGGCCAUUAAAACAAGUGAAAACUGCAAAACGAUUUCAAGACAAAAGCUCUUCGUCAGUGCCACAUUGAUUAGUGCACACCUGCACCGAUUAAAUCAUCAAUAUUCACCAUGGACAUCAUAAUAUGCAUGCAGACACAAAAAAGCACCAUGCAAUAUAUCAAAUUUACCUAAAGACAUUCCUAUACAUAUAUUAAUGGUAAAAAAUUAUUUAAUGCAAAAGUAUGUUUCAGUCAUAAUUUUACACAUAGAUCUUUUGUUUGUUUGUUUUUGUUUCUUAUAUACAUACUGUGGGUGACCCCAAAUAGUUGAAGAUUCAAUGCUUGGAUAGAAGGAGCCUGGUUCGACUACCAAUCUCACAGUUGAAUAUUCGCAGGGGGUUAUGAUCAUGCCAUUUUGGCUAUAUGGGGGUGAUCAAAUGAAACAAAGGAAAAGGGAAAUGACUAUGAAUGAACUGUGCCACAAAUAAACAUUUAAUAUAAGCAAAGAAAAAACUAUUUACUUGGUCAUCAUAUAAAUAAACAUUGACAUGUACUUUGUAUGACAUUUGUUUUAAAAUAAAAAUAGGUGCGUUAACAAACCAAUAUAGACCAAACAAAUUAGUUCCAGGUAUGGAAAUAUUACUCACAUAGUCCAGCAGACAUAGACCAAAUUUUUUUAAGUCCUGUCCAACCUUCUGACUAUUCAAACAACAUAGUUAGCAGUGAUAGUCAACAACUAAAUAUAUAUUUGACACCAUCUUCUCAGUGGUGUCCAAGUUGUGGAUAGAUAACUUUACUGUUUGUAAUUUUGGCUGUGUCCAUAUAGGUGGGUUCGGUGGUAACUACCAUACUACUGAAAUUUAUGUGCAACAGCAGUUGUAUGGGUGGGAUGAAUAGGAGGCCAAUUUUCACCAUACUGACCAUGGAGACAUUCGAGGUGUUGUCCAAGUUUCUGGCACCAAUUACUGUGGGCAUAGUAAGCUUGUUGACUUCAAUUCAGGAAGACAAUCUGAAAAAGAUUACUGGGGAGACAGUUACUGGGACAAAGAGAAAGCAUCAAAUUCCGGAUCCGUUAAAAGUGGUGCUCCCUGCAGCUGGACCUGAAUCCGCUGAUGAGAUUUACAUUCUUCAUAUACGUAGUAAAGAGCGUUUUGAAAUGCUAAGGACUAUUAACGCUAGUUUGGAGCUUUUGCACAUGAUGCCUGUUGCUGACCAAGAAAAAUACAGGCAAAAACGAAACACCUUAAAACUUGAUCAAGCCAGUUUGCAGCCAAAGAGUGGCAAAAAACAUCUAAAAGAUUCAAACUAAAACAGCUUUUCAUUUUGUUACUUUUUCUAUACACAAAAAUCAGUCUAAUUUUAGCUUUUCUGAUGAUCGUUGUGUAACCUGUGAGUUCAAGGUCUUGUAUAUUGCCAACCAAAAUGUCUUCCAAUUUCUUUUUUCUUUUUUUUCCAAUAUUUUUCUUUCUUUCUAAUUAUUGAAAUAAAAUGUUUUGGAAUGUAACAUUUCUCUCUAUAUUUUUUGAUACACUCAU